AUGGCCUCUUCAAAGUCACCGGGCGAUCGGCCGUCCUUCUCGGCGUUUUUGAAAAAGACAAAGGACAAGGUCCGCGGCAUCGGGCGUGAUGAGAGCGCCUCGCCGCAAGGGCGGGGAAAGGCGAUUGCAGUAAGCAGCGAGUCGCCCGACACCAGCAGCGGCACAUCGCCACCAAAAUCCAGAAAGUCGCUGUCGGCCAGCGAAAAGGCAAAGGUCCGACGCGCCCAGGUCCGACGGGCUCAGAUCCAGCACCGCCAGCGCAAAGCAGAGUACCAGAAGGAGCUGGAGCUCGACAUCACCCACUACCGCGAGCUCAUCUCGCUGACCGAGUUUGAGGCUGGGGAGCUGCGCCGUCAGAACGAUGAGAUCAGGGCACUUCUAGCAUCAAAGGGCAUCGCUGUUCCCGACUGUGGCAACUCGCAGUGUCAGCUGCAGAGGCCUGUCAUAGCCGGACAGGGCGAUGCUUGGGUGGAUGAGAUUUUGGGGACGGGCGGUUAUGACUCUGGGGCGUUGACUCAGAGUGAAGGGGACAUGUUUGCUGAUGUCAACGUCGACGAUAUCAUCGUCACUCUCAAGAAGGAUGACUGCAUGGACACGCCCGUCUUUAGCAUUCGGUCCAACUCGACCAGCAGCAACGCAACCAACUCACCAGCGGCUGAGGGAGACUCGGGUCUGUCUCAGGAGGAGGAACAGAUGGUCAUCAACUUUAUCCUCUCUCUCGAGCACAUUUGUUGGGACCACUUCUUCCUCGGCGACUUCCCCUCCCACUCUUACCUCUCAGACGAUGAGGCCAAGGGCCACACUCUCAUGGCCUCAUCGCUCUGCAUGGCGCACGCCCCGCAGCAUGUCUUCCUCGGCCGAAAGCUCGUCUCAUCGGCCUCAUCUUGCCACAACCGCCGCUCACUUGGCCUCGAUCCCGUCGUGCCCCCAGUCUCCUUUGAGUGGCCCUCACCGGCCAUCUCACUCUCAUCACUGCACGGCCUCGCUCGUAGUCUCAACCCGGGAGACAAGGAGCUUACUCCCAUCCAGGCGUGGUUCGAGCUCGCCGCCAGCUUCGACAAGAGUGUCCUACUUGACCCAGCCACGCUGGAUCUGCUGAGCAAAGAACUCAAUGGAGUCGUCAAGUGUCUCGAGUUUGGCGCUGUUAUGGAAAGGGAGGCUUUCAAGAGUGUUGUCGGCAGGGUUCUAGGCGAGGGCUUGGAGGAUGCCAUGGCAGGGGUUGCACUCACUCAGCCAGACGGCCAGCAGACACAAGACUCGGAGAAUCCAUUUGGUCUUGUGGGGUAUGCCUGGGCUUGA